UCCAACUGACGCUCCAAGGCUCUGAGGACGGACAGGUCUUGGGAGUCGGGAGUCAGACAUGGAAGCUGACCCCGCACGCUGCUGGUCCAUUUCCCGUAUCGGAGUGGGCGGGCACUGAAUUAGGAGAAGAUCAAGAGUCGCAACUCCGCACGGUUGUUUACCAAUUGGAUUACACGCUUGAGCAGUUUCAAUAAUAAAAGAGGCCUCAGAUCCUUCUUGAUGAACAGUGCUCGAAUUCUACGCCGGCAACUUCUUGCCUUCCGGUCACAUUCUCCCGCUCAAACGUUCGGACGCAAUCGAGUAUUAGCCAUGGCGAGCACUUCAGCCUGUCUCGAUGGGACCAAUGGCAGGAUCAGUAGUUGGCAGGGUGCCGGUGCAGCAGAAUUCGACUUGCGAAGCGACACGAUGACCAAGCCUACCCCUUCGAUGCUCGAAGCAAUUUGUCAGACUACCUUGUUGGACGACGUCUUUGAAGAGGAUCCUGUGACAAAUGACCUCCAAGCCUACGUCGCCGAACGGACCGGCCAUCAGAGCGCCUUACUCGUCAUGUCGGGAACUAUGGGCAAUCAGGUUGCCAUUCGGACACAUCUCGUGCAACCUCCUUACUCCGUUCUCUGUGAUCAUCGCUCUCACAUCGUGCGCUACGAGGCUGGAGGCGUCAGCUCUCUGACCGGGGCCAUGGUACAACCUAUCGUGCCUAGUAACGGUAUUCACCUUACUCUGGAGGACAUUCAAAAGCACGCAGUGCUCGACGAAGACGUACAUUACUGCCCAACAAAGCUUAUCAGCUUGGAGAAUACCCUGGACGGCAUGGUCAUGCCUUUGGCCGAAGCUCGUCGGAUCACAGAAUGGGCUCAUCAGAACGGAGUCAAGGUACAUUUGGACGGCGCGAGACUCUGGGAAGCAGUGGUUUCUGGAGCUGGCAGCUUGCCAGAAUAUGCUGGCCUGUUCGACAGUGUGAGUCUAUGCUUCUCCAAAGGCUUGGGCGCACCAAUUGGGAGUAUCAUUGUCGGGUCCAAUGAAUUCAUCAAGAAAGCUCGUUGGUUUCGCAAAUCCAUCGGUGGCGGCGUUCGUCAGGCUGGAGUAAUUGCUGCGGCUGCACGGGUGGCCCUCGAGGAGACUUUCGGGCCAGAUCCCAACGGUCAGAAGGGUAAACUUCGAGAAACUCACAUCAAUGCCAAGAGAGUCGCCGAGAUGUGGACUGCCCGUGGCGGCAAGUUACAACAUCCAGUACAUACAAACAUGGUAUGGCUGGACCUUGAAUCCUCUGGUGUAGGUCCCAAUGACCUGGCCGAAAUCGGAAAGGAGCUUUGCCUCAAAUUAUCCGGAGGCCGAAUCGUCGUGCAUUAUCGUAAGUCGCACACAGUACCCAGGCAACAUGUGGUGGGUAGUUUCUGACUAGUCACAGAGGUUUCCGAGAACGCGCUCAGCAGACUGGAGCAGGUUUUCGAUCGCGCUCUGAGUGGCGAAUACCAGCGCAGCACAGAUCAAAGUAUUCCUUAUGGAAUGAAGCGGUA